AUGUUACGUCGCCUGGUAUGGUCUCCGAUGCCUCCAUUUAGAUUGCUGACACAAUGGCGCUAUAAGACCACUGACCACUUGGACUACUCACGAUAUCCCACUUUACAGGAAUCAGAUAUUGAGGAGACUUUUAUGCGAGGCAGUGGUCCUGGUGGUCAGGCUGUUAACAAAACUUCCAAUUGCGUAUUCCUGCGCCACUUGCCCACCAAUCUAACCAUCAAAUGUCACACACAUCGCUUGGCCUCCAAGAAUCGUAUCGAGGCAAGAAAAUUGUUACUGGAAAAACUAGACGAACAUCUGAAUGGAGAAAACUCAAUAGCAGCACAGAUUAAAGGACAAGAACAGAGAAAAUCCUUGGAGCGAAAACGGCGACAAAAUAAAUUGCAGGAAAUGAAAAAGAAAUGGCAGGAACGUGAAAGCAAAGACACUGAAGAUAUAAAAUAAAAUUUAUUUAUAUAAAAUUAA